AUGGACUACUUCACGUCUCUUGCUCUCAUCCUUCCGGCCAUUUUCAUUUUUCAUCUACUCUACAGACGAUAUCGACCAUAUUCCGGCAACCUCCACCUCCCUCCAUCACCACCAAAACUUCCGAUCAUCGGCCACCUCCACCUCGUCUCCGACAUGCCACACCACUCGUUCUCUAAACUCGCUGAAAAACACGGUCCAAUUAUGUAUCUCCAACUCGGACAAGUCCCUACUCUAGUCGUUUCAUCAGCAAAACUAGCUCAAGAAAUUCUUAAAACGCACGAUCAUGUUUUCUCAAAUCGGCCACAGAUUAUUGGAGCUCAGUAUCUUUCUUUCGGAUGUACUGAUAUAACGUUCUCACGUUACGGUCCUUAUUGGCGACAAGCAAGAAAAAUAUGUGUUACUGAGUUACUGAGCCCGAAACGAGUUAAUUCUUUUCAUCUCAUUCGUAACGAAGAAGUCGAUAUAUUAAUCGAUUCGGUAUCGAAAUUAUCAGGAUCGGAAGUAGAUAUGAGUGAGAAAUUCUUCGUUUUAGCUAAUGAUGUUCUAUGUCGAGUCGCAUUUGGGAAGCGUUUCAUUAGUGAUGACGAGUCGAAUCGGUUACCCAAAGUGUUGACUGUCACACAAGAAUUGUUUUCUGGGUUUAGUAUUGCUGAUUUUUAUCCCGGGUUGGAAUGGAUUAACUCAGUCACCGGGUUAAAGAAAAAACUGUUGAAGAAUUUGAGUGAUUUAAGAUCAGUUUGUGAUGAAAUAAUAUCAGAACACAUGAAUCGGAAUAAAACGGUUGGUAGUGGUGGUGGCCAUAUUCCGGUGCCGGAAAGAGAAGAUUUCGUUGAUGUUUUAUUAAGGGUCCAAAAAGCCGGCGACUUAGAAGUUCCAAUUACGGAUGAUAAUCUGAAAGCUCUUGUUCUGGACAUGUUUGUUGCCGGAACUGACACAACAUCAGCAACACUAGAAUGGACAUUCACUGAAUUAAGCAGACAUCCAGACAUUAUGAAGAAAGCACAAGAAGAAGUAAGAAAUGCAGUUGGACCGAAAGGACUAGUUGAGAUCAACCAUCUUCCGCAACUUAACUACAUGAGAGCUGUUAUGAAAGAAACCUUUCGCAUACACCCACCGGUCCCUCUCUUGGUUCCUCGGGAGUCUAUGGAGGAUUGUAAGAUCGAUGGGUACGAUAUACCGGCAAAGACGCGUGUACUGAUCAACACCUAUGACAUUGGUAGAGACCCGUCAUCGUGGUCUAACCCACAUGAGUUCAAGCCUGAGAGAUUUAUGGUUGAGAGCGGUGGCAGAGACAUUGAUGUCAAGGGCCAUCAAGAUUUUGAUCUACUUCCUUUUGGUGGUGGUAGGAGAGGUUGUCCUGGAUACUCUUUUGCCCUUGCAACAAUUGAGCUUACUUUGGCUAGGUUGAUGUAUCAUUUUGAUUGGUCAAUGCCCGUUGGUGUUCGAGCAGAGGAUGUGAAUCUUGAUGAGAUAUUCGGAUUAGCCACUAGGAAGAAAACUGCACUGGUUCUUGUACCCACCAUUAAUGAAGACUACAUAUGUGAUAUUCAAGGUCAAGGACAAUGAAUCACGUCGUUGGUGUUGAAAAAUCCUUGAGCUAUUGGAGUGACAUGUGGGUUGUAUACUUGUAUUGAAAUUAUGAGCUAAAAAUAUUUGUUUACUUUUUUUUCUUUUCCUUUUUGGGCUUCAAUAAGCUUCUAUGAAGUUUCUUUUUCUUUUUUAUGUAUUUUUCUUCUUGGG